CUUCGAGCUCAAGAUUGUUAAACACGUGCUGGACUUAGCGCGGUUCACACGCAGCAUUUACGUGUUCUCGUUUGGAAGGCACUCACCACGAGAAACAAUUUUCACUUCGAGCUUCGGUAGCCAUGAGGUGACACACGUCCACUGGCGUUUUCUUUCUUGGAAAUUCACCAUGAAAUUCACCUAGUAUUUAACUUUGCAGAUUGCUGAAUCACCAGAUACCUUUUGUAUUGUGAAUACUUUUCACUCCAUGACUGAUAAUUAUUGGAAACCAGUGCAGUAGAAACCUGUGCAGAGGCAAUUAUCAGAGAACCUUGGGAUUAAGAACAGAGAGACGCAGUUUGAGUUUAACUGGAUCAAUUCAAUUCUCAGUAUAUUAAACCAAGAGGUAGGAUUCAUCAUGGGAAACAACACGCCGAUAACAGAAGAGCAAUUCAAAAUGUUGGUCUCCUUAUACCCGGAGUCGUUCCUCGAGCCGCCUCUUGCGGACCAUGACCUACUUCGCUUCCGCAUUUUGUUCGGCAUCAUCAUGUUCUGUGCGGUCGUCUUCAACAUCCUGGUGAUAGCGGUGAUUCUCAGGAAUAAAUCCAUGCGGACAGUAACAAACACUUUCUUACUGUCACUGGCCGUCAGCGAUCUCCUGAUAGCCGCAGUCUGCAUGCCUUUUCAAUUGUACGAGUUAGCCUACCAGGAAUGGAGCCUCGGAGAAGGGCUGUGCAGAUUUUACGCUUAUUUUCAGGGUGUUCUCAUUGUUUCCAGUAUUUUGACUCUCUUGAUAGUCGCCGUUGACAGGUAUUACGCCAUCUGUCACCCGCUGAAGGCGCGUCACGUUCACACUGUCAACCGCGCGCUUAUCAUCACCGCUGUCAUCUGGGCACUGUCCUUCACUCUCAUGACACCGCAACUCAUUGUGCAAAAAAUCGAUUACAAAUUCGACAACAAGUUACCCAUCAGAGCAAACGUCCCCUACUGUAGGGAAUACUUCGAGCACCACUGGGAAAUCCUUCUCUACACUUCCUUCACCACUUUCGGUUUCUUUCUCAUCCCGCUGAUCGGGAUCUACGUCUCCUACGGCAGG